AUUCCUGCCUAAGAAGGCCGGUGUUGCCUGCGUCGGUUAUGGCCGGGAUGUGGACGGCGCUUGAGGUUGCACGAGAUGGGGCAGUGGCUGAGGAUUUGGCGAGAGAGUAUGUGGAGCACGACGAGAUGGAUGAGGAAAGCGAGGAUUUGAAAUCUGAGGAGGGUGGGGAUACUGAUGACAAGCCCAAUAAAGAGAAAAGCGAGCCAGGAAGUGAGGGAAUAUGUGAAAGAGCUUGGAAAGGUGGUCCAGAAGGAAGCUGGGAAAAAGGAGGAGGAAGUUAGUGCAACCGUUUCACUAGAUGCUAGUCCUGCGCGUGAAGUUGAUUCCAAGGUGUCGGGGAAGGGCAAGAAGGGCAAGAGCUCGGCGAAACAAGAUGAACCGGAAGGAUCUGUGCCUUCGAAGAGAAAGGCGGAGAACAGGGACAUCGAGCAGCCCCAGACCAAGAAGUCGUCCAAGGAGCCCGAGCUGGAACGAUACACCAGGACGCGCACGAAGAAGACUGAGGAAGUGAUCAAGGGAAAAGAGAUUUCGAGAAUGUGAGAUGGCCGUGGAGGAGAGGAGGAGGGUUAAGCCUGGG